UCGACCAACCAUCAGCGCCGAAUACACUAGUAGACUAAGCUAGUAACAGCGUGAGGGCGCUCGCAAUGGCGAGGCGUCUGGGAGUCGUGCUGGCUUUGGCGGCGGUCGUCCUUCUCGCCGCCGCCGCCGCAGCCACGGCGCAAUCAGACAAGGGCAAGGGGCCAAAGAGUCCACCCAAUGGGAAGGGGCCCAAGCCCAAGCCCAAGCCGAAGCAGGUCAAGUGCAAUGUCAACCGCAAGGAGAACCCCUACUGUUUCAACAAGAAGAUGGACUGCCCCGACGACUGCCCUGAGACAUGCUUCGCGAGUUGCACCGAGUACGACUGCAAAGCCGUUUGUGCGUGCGACCAACCGGGAGCAGCGUGCGGUGACCCACGAUUCAUCGGCGGCGACGGCAACGCGUUCUACUUCCACGGCCGCAAGGAUGCCGACUUCUGCGUCGUCUCUGACCGCGACCUCCACAUCAACGCGCACUUCAUCGGCAAGUCCGGCCACAGCGGCAUGUCCAGGGAUUUCACGUGGAUCCAGGCCAUCGCCGUGCUCUUCGACGGACACCACCUCUACGUCGGCGCCAGGAAGACCGGCACCUGGGACGACGCCAUCGAGCACCUCGAGAUCACCCUCGACAGCGAACCCGUGCACCUCCCGGCUGACCAGGUCGACGCUGCCAAAUGGACGUCCAGCCGUGUCCCCGCGCUGUCCGUGACCCGCACCAAGGCGGCCAACGGCGUGCUAGUCACCCUCGACGGGAAGUUCAGUGUCAGGGUCAACGCCGUGCCCAUCACCGAGGAGGACUCAAGGGUGCACCGCUACGGCGUCACCUCCGACGACUGCCUCGCCCACCUCGAGCUCGCCUUCAAGUUCGACGCGCUCACCGACGACGUCCACGGCGUUGUCGGCCAGACGUACCGCUCCGACUACGUCAACAAGCUCGACGUCAGGGCCUCCAUGCCCACUAUGGGAGGAGAUGCCAGCUUCACGGCUUCUAGCCUGUUCGCGGCGGACUGCGCCGUGGCGCGCUUCGGAACCAGCCGUAGCAACAACGAGGCUUCCGUCAUGUCGGAGCUCGCCGGGAUCACCUGCGCCAGUGGCAUGAACGGCCAAGGUGUGGUGUGCAAGAAGUAAACACGCUCUAUAUGGUGAGUUGUACUGGCCUUGCAUGUUUGCAUGAUUGCCAUGUACUAACACAACAAUAAGCAUUGUCGUCGCCUAAAGUGUUGAAAACUCGGAACUUUAUUAUGUACUGCGAACUGCGAUGUACAAUAUCUUUUAUGCCAUGUUUGCAUGAUUGCCAUGUACUAACACAACAAUAAGCAUUGUCGUCGCCUAAAGUGUUGAAAACUCGGAACUUUAUUAUGUACUGCGAACUGCGAUGUACAAUAUCUUUUAUGCCAACCAUGAAUAUCUAAUAAAAAUUUACAUUCAACCGUUGGAAA